CCGCGGGCGAGGUGGGCAGUGAGCUAGGGCGGCUGGGGCGGCGGCCGUGCUCGGGGUUUCGCGCUGCUGCCUCGGGCCCCGGGCCCACCCCACCGCCGCCGCCGCCGCCGCCGCCGCCGCCGCCGCCGCCAUGGGCAAGAAGCACAAGAAGCACAAGACCGAGUGGCGCUCGUCGUACGAAGAUUACACGGACAAGCCCCUGGAGAAGCCGCUGAAGCUGGUCCUCAAGGUCGGAGGAAGCGAAGUGACUGAACUCUCGGGGUCUGGCCACGACUCCAGUUACUACGACGACAGGUCAGACCACGAGCGAGAGAGGCACAAAGAGAAGAAGAAGAAAAAGAAGAAGAAGUCGGAGAAGGAGAAGCAUCUUGAUGACGAAGAAAGGAGGAAGCGGAAGGAGGAGAAGAAGCGCAAGCGGGAGAAGGAGCACUGCGACACGGAGGGGGAAGCCGACGACUUCGACCCCGGGAAGAAGGUAGAGGUGGAGCCGCCCCCCGACCGACCGGUGCGAGCCUGCCGGACGCAGCCAGCUGAAAACGAGAGCACGCCUAUUCAGCAACUGCUAGAGCAUUUCCUCCGCCAGCUGCAGAGAAAAGAUCCUCAUGGAUUUUUUGCUUUUCCUGUCACGGAUGCAAUUGCUCCUGGAUACUCGAUGAUAAUAAAACAUCCGAUGGAUUUUGGGACAAUGAAAGACAAAAUUGUAGCUAAUGAAUACAAGUCAGUCACGGAAUUUAAGGCAGAUUUCAAACUGAUGUGCGAUAAUGCGAUGACGUACAACAGACCAGACACUGUGUACUACAAGUUAGCGAAGAAGCUCCUUCACGCAGGCUUUAAGAUGAUGAGCAAAGAGCGGCUGCUGGCUUUGAAGCGCAGCGUGUCGUUCAUGCAGCACGUGGAUUUCUCUCAGCAGGCAGCUCUCUUGGGCAGUGAGGACGCCGCUGCUGAGGAGCCUGCUCCCGAGGUUGUGCCUGUGCAAGUAGAGACUGCCAAGAAAUCCAAAAGGCCGAGCAGAGAAGUCAUCAGCUGCAUGUUUGAGCCAGAAGGGAAUGCUUGCAGCCUGACCGACAGCACGGCGGAAGAGCACGUGCUGGCCCUGGUGGAGCAUGCAGCUGACGAGGCUCGGGACAGGAUCAGCCGACUCCUCCCAGGCAGCAAGAUGGGCUACCUAAAGAAGAACGGAGACGGCAGCCUGCUCUACAGCGUGGUCAACGUGGCCGAGCCGGAUGCUGACGAGGAGGAGACCCACCCGGUGGACCUUAGCUCGCUCUCCAGCAAGCUGCUCCCCGGCUUCACCACACUGGGCUUCAAAGACGAGAGAAGGAGCAGAGUCACGUUUCUCUCAAGUGCCAGCACCGCGCUGUCAAUGCACAAUAACUCAGUGUUUGGUGACUUGAAGUCGGAUGAAACAGAGCUGCUCUACUCUGCCUACGGAGAUGAGACGGGAGUGCAGUGCGCGCUGAGCCUGCAGGAGUUCGUGAAGGAUGCUGGGAGCUACAGCAAGAAGAUGGUGGAUGACCUCCUGGACCAGAUCACAGGCGGGGACCACUCACGGAUGCUCUUCCAGCUGAGGCAGAGGAGAAAUGUUCCAGUGAAGCCUCCAGAUGAAGUAAAGGCUGGGGACUCGCUGGGAGAUGGCGGCUCUGUUCUGGAUUUCAUGUCCAUGAAGUCGUACUCUGACGUCUCUCUGGACAUCUCCAUGCUCAGCUCUCUGGGGAAGGUGAAGAAGGAGCUGGACCACGACGACAACCACCUGAACUUGGACGAGACGACGAAGCUCCUUCAGGACCUGCACGAGGCGCAGGCGGAGCGCGGGGGCUCCCGGCCGUCCUCCAACCUCAGCUCCCUGUCCAACGCCUCCGACAGGGACCACCCCCACCUGGGAAGCCCUUCUCGCCUCAGUGUCGGGGAACAGCCAGACGUGACCCAUGACCCAUAUGAAUUUCUUCAGUCUCCAGAACCUGCAACCUCUACGAAAGGCUAGCCCUGUCGACAGUCUCAGAUUGUUUGUUAUUGUUGUCUUUAUUUGCAUGUACAGUUUUGUCGUGAGACAGAGACUUUCCUUUGGUCCCCUUUGGCGUGCUGGGAGCAGCCCCGGGAGGUGGGGAGUCGUCUCUGAUACCAUGUCGGCCACACGCAGAUGUGUGUUUCUGUAGAUCACCCCUGGAGUCCUGAAUAGUGGAAAUCACGCACGAAAGGUGUGUGACCAGAUCGUGCGAAGCUGGAGUGGGCUGUCGCUGAGCUUCUUGGUGCCGGUCGAGCCCUGCUCUGCAGCAGUGUGGACGCACCUGUCUGCCCACAUCCUCCACGCAGGGCCCAGGGAAGCAGACGUGUUUCUGUUUGCCUUCUAUUGGGGGUCCUGCAUGUUCUUUGCCUGCCUGCCUCCCACAUCCACGUUGCUGAGGCAGGUCACGGUAGGGGCUGUUCACACAGGAGGAGCGUGUUGGGAGCAAGUGCACGCCCUCUGGCCGGGACAGGCCGAGUGAGGCCACUCCCCAUUCCUGCUCUCAAUCCCGUGCCUGAGCGGGUCGCUCUGCUGGAGGACUGCCACUUCCCUGCUGGUUACGAUGGAGUGUUACGUGUCCAUAAAACACCUUUUAUUCUGGAUGUGUUUACAGGACACCUGUUCAUAUUUGCAGAAUGUAAAUACAGAUCUUAGUAAAAAGAUACACAAAGAGUG